UUUGAAUUUAUAAUAUUUUUAAAUAUGCUGUUUGAUAAAUUAUGUAUUUUAAUUAAUUUGAUAAUUAUUUGUAAUAAUUUUAUUGAGGGAAAAAUUGUGAAACGUAUUUUGGGUGGUGAAAAUGCUGAUGAACAUUUAUACCCAUGGAUUGUAUCAUUAAGAAUUCAAGGUAAUCAUAAAUGUGGUGGUACAAUAUUAAAUCAUCGUUGGAUUUUAACAGCAGCACAUUGUUUAAUUAAAUAUCAACCAAAUGAUAUAGCUGUUAUUGUUGGUACAAAUAAUUUAAUUGUCGAUGGUCUAGCAUAUAGAGCUGAUUAUUUUUUUAUCCAUCAUGAUUAUGAUAGAGAAUUACAUGCUCAUGAUAUUGGUCUUGUUAGAGUUGUUGAUGAAAUUUUAUUUAAUGAUAUUAUCAAACCAGUUGAAUUACCAAAUCGUGAUUUCUCUGAUAGUAAUUUAGCUGGAAUUUUUACUGGAUGGGGUACAACAUUGCCAGAUGGAUUUGUUAAUAAUGAACUUCAAGUUAUCAAAUUAAAUAUUAUUAAACUUGAUCGUUGCCAAAAAAUUUUUCCAAAAGUUGGAUGUGGACAAAUUUGUACAUCAACAUCAGACGGUGGUUUGUGUUUUGGUGAUUCUGGAAGUCCACUUGUUAUUGAAAACAUGCAAAUUGCAAUUGCAUCGUGGGGUUCUCCAUGUGCCAAUGGAUAUCCUGAUAUUCAUUCAAAUGUUUAUUACUAUUUAAACUGGAUUAAAAAUACAACGAAUAUUUAAAAU